AUUCUUUCGAAAAUUGUCGCAGCGAGCAGAGCUCUGGAAAAGCAAAAAAUAACAAAUAAAAACUAAAUUCCUCUCAUUGAGUCGUUGUAGUCCGUGUCGAGCAAAUAACUUGGUUUUCGCAUCCAGCAUCCAUCCGCGUGACCGCUUUAGUUCAGAUCCGAGUCCAGGCCCCACGUCCAUCCCGAACACGAGAAUCACACCGCACACUCAUCAACGCACAGGGUAAGCAGCAGACUGAAAAGAUGGUUACGGAGCCGAAGGCCGUUGUUGCCAAGUCAAGCAGCACCAAGGAGGUGCAGUGCCAGCACUCUGGCCCCGACGAGCCCAUUCCGGAAGCAGCACCGGCCAUGAUAGUCACUCCCAAGAGCGGCCGCGUUGGCAUAUUCAAUGCGGAGGACUUCCUGUCGCGCGCACAGAUGAACGACAAGAUCAACAACAUCCUUCGCUCGCCGACCAAGGCCCCCAAUGGAGUUCGUCAGCGCUCCGUCUACACCAACAAUCCAUCGCCGCGUGCCCCCAUGCGAUGCGUGCCCUUGUGGUCCGACCCACUGAGCUCCCGCAUGAGCGGCUUGUCCCUAAGCUCUGGCAACAUGAGGGGCAUGGAGCGGGCCAUCGACCGUGUCAGCAGCAGCAGCAGCCUGGGCCACAGCGCCAGCGUGGGCACUAACACCGCAAUAAUGGCCAAAGAGUGCUCCAGCCAGACUAGCAUUAGUGCACGGCCCUUCAUGCACAUGGGCAUGCAUCAGGCUCCACAGGCUCCGUAUGGCGGCAUGCAGCCGCUCGCUGGAAGCUACGAUAUGGUUCCCAUGGAAAUGGAUGCCGUGAAUGUGUCGCGCAAUGGCAAGGCCCUGACGGGACGCUACAACUCUAGCUUUGGCUAUGAUACUGAGGGAGCCUACUGCAUGCAACCGCAAGGGCCGCACACUCAACAGUUUCCAUCGCCAAUGCCGCCGCCACCUUAUGCCAUGGGUCGCGUCAGCACACACAGCUUUGACUUUGACAACAACGCUCCGCCGCCGUGUCCCGGUUCUGGACCGAUUGCCAUGUCCAAUGGCACCAUCCAGCUGCGUCUGCGCGAAGGUGUUCGCAUUGAUAUGACUCUAGACAAGGCUGUGCGCGUGCUCAACCAGCGCAGCAUGGUGGCCGUGGCCCUAUCGCGCAAUUGUAGCAACUCGGCUCUCAUCCAUCCCAAUGGACGCAUCCUGCAGAGCGGCUCCAAGGUGGAGAUCGUUACCUAUGAUGGCAUGAAGGCCAAUAACUAUGUACGCUACGCCAAAAUGUGGUACAAGGGAGUCAGCUUCACCAGUGAAUCAUGCGCCCUCAUCUAUCUGGUGGACACAGCCGGCACGCGCACCACCACCGACACCUUUACCGACUUGACCAAGGACUAUACACUGGCAGUGUUCUACGACGAUUCGCGCCACGGACCUUCCUUUGUGCCCGAUGCCCACGAGGUAAUCGCCAAUUCAUCCUACAACUGCGCCGAGGACGGCACCGAGGUGUACGACAUCAAUGGAUUCCGCAUCACGCAGGCGGCCGACGGUCUGGUUAAGGUCACGCGCCAGCACAAAUGCCUGAUUCGCACCAGUCCAGGCAAUGGAUCGGCCACUCUAACCACGCCAGGCAUCCACUGCACGGCCUCGCUGGGCAAGACCUCGCACCUGUUUGUACGUCGCAACGAGAAACGCAUGCACUUUGACGGAUCCUGCUUCAUUGUCCGCAAUGCCGGCCACUCGGCCGGUUUCAACGAGAACAACCUGCUGAUUGUUUACUGAGUGCUGGUCGCCAGCAGAGUGGACCAAACGGCGACCUCCAUCAUUCCAAAACAGACACCCACCGACACCGACACUUACAAUGACUCAACCGUCGUCAUGACACCGUCACCCCACUAUAACAUCACACUCCGGGCCCUCGACGAGGAGAGGAAUCAGAUCAGGUUAAUAGUAAAAAAAAUGCAUUUAGAAAGAGCUCGAAAAAAGGCGCGUGCAACCGAAAGAUCAAUAAAAUUGGACUCACGGAGGCUAGACCCUCUAUCUGCCUUCGUGGGCAGUUCUUCGGUAGCUCGGCGUAGGCGCAACGCAACCAUUAGGGAAUUAGUUUUCAAUUAUCUAUCACAUUAACUCUAUCCUCGAUAAUUUUCCCCCUUUGUACGCAUACCUAUUUCAUAGUGGUAAGUCGGUAGGGUCCCUUGAGCCCUACCGACUACUUGAAACGCUGGCAAGUUCGAUCAGUGCCAGCGUUUGGUGUUCCUAACGCGUUUCACUUGCUUUUCGGCCCAAAUCCGUCCAAAUUGCUUCUUAACGAAUUUUAAAAUUUUGCAUUUUAACCGCAACGUCCUGGAAGAAAUCACCCUUCAGGAAUAAAAAACUAAAAAAUCGAAAGAAACCCCCGCUAAUUAGAAAUCGAUAAAAAAAAUUAUAAAUAUCUAAAUUGAACUCCAUAUAUGGAGGGUUCAACAUAAAAACCCGUGGACGAGUUCAUUGGCGUUACGUUCGGACCACGUAACGCCAGUGACAACUCAUUUAGUUCUAAGUUUACCAGUUAAGAUCAGUUAACCCAGUUACUGAGGUCCAACCGUGUUCAUCUUCGUCAUGUAUCCACAAGUUCACACGACAACCACUGACAUCUUCUAAUACGCACACGCAGCAAGUGAAACCGUUGUUUUCAGUGUAGAAAAAGCGUCUGAAAAAAAUUCAAAGUGUGCAUACUAAGUUUGGUAAAGUACACACUAUACUAUACACACACUAUCCUACACAGGCACACUUGGAAUUAAUUCUAGAAAAGUGAGAAAUUGUGGAAAUGAAAUACGAUUUAUAAUUAGUUAGCUUACGAAAACCAUCAUACUCGUCCACCAAAGGCACCUUUGCCCAAGACACACGCACACCUCAUGACACACUAGCGAGUACUUACUCUUCUGAUUAAGUGGUCUAGGGCUCAAAGUUACAACAAAGCACACUCGAUUGUGCUCUUAGCCCUACGACAAUAUAAAAAAAAAACCCAAAUCUCAAAUAAUGUACAACGAAAUUUAUGUGUACAAAAAUCGGUUGAAAAAAUGCAUAAGUGAGUCAAUA